AUGGAUCUGAAUAUGAUAUUGUCAGAGGGCAAGCAUCAACACUCGGCCAGGAAGAAGCAGUUGGAAACGUCGCGAGAAGAAGGCACAGCAUUGGAUGUUCAGCAAGGCAGUCAAGGACCGGGAGCGAAGAAGCAGCCAAAGUGGUCACCAGACGAAGACGAGAGGAUCAUCCAGCUCCGCACGCAGAGGGAGACUUGGGAGGAUAUCGGCGAGCAACUGCCUGGUCGGAGUCCGGUCAGCUGUCGAUUGAGCUAUCAAAAUUAUCUGGAGAGGAACUUUCCCUGGGACGAGGCCAAAAAGACUAAAUUCGCGAAGUUGUAUAACAGACUUCGUGCAGCAAUGUGGUCAAAAGUGGCAGAAGAGAUUGAUAUACCGUGGAGAGCUCUCGAAGAAAUGCACUGGGAAAUGGGGAAAAAUGAGCUGGCGAUGCGUGCUGGGGUGAAACCCUUUUCUCACAACCCUCGUCAGCAUUCGCAAUCCCAAGGAUUAGCGCUACCCGGGGUCAGAGAAGUGUUAGGCGAGACUCCUGGCGCCUGGUGGACUAGGAGUGGAAACGGACUGGUAUGGGUGAAGACCUAG